AAGGAAUAGAAUUAUUGAGGUUAUCCCUUUUAGGGUUCUUUACUUAUUUUUCUACAGUUUUACGAUGGCAGAGGCACAUAUUGGAUUUUUAUAUAAUGCCGCAUCUACUCUUCUUCAGACAGAAAGAAAUAAAACACAUUUUAUAUUGAGAAGUCAUUAUUUAAUGAGAUGCAUGCAAGUAACAAAGGGAUAUGGACUACCAGACAAGCACUUUUCGUCCAUAGCCAGGUGUCCUCACUGUUGCACUGAAUGGCGAAGGGACACAAUGAUUAAGGUCAAGCCCCUCAAACUCAGUAAAAGGCAGAAAAAAAGAUUAAAAUCUCGGAAACCAACUGCUCAAAACCCCAAUCCUAUGUCUUUAUUAAAUAGUAAUGAAAUGGAAAGGAUAUGCACAUUCUGCAAGCAUAGUACAGUGACAACAGUUUUAAAACCUACAAAGGAUGGAACUUCUAAUAAUAAAGAUGAGAAAACCCCUGUAGCAGCACCAAGUAACACACCAAAACAAAAUAAUCCAAAAGCCAAACAAGCCAUGGAGAAGAAAACUGAAACUAGUAUUUAUUAUAAUGCUAAAGAAGUAUUCUCGUUAAACAACAAAAAUAAUGCACUGGCCAAUACUAAACCAAACAAAGUGAUAAAAAAUAAUAAAAAGAAAAAGGAUAAGUUUGCUGGAUUAUGCAAGCAAGCUGUGCUUACAUCGGCAAAACUGAAGGAAGCUAAAGAUAAGGACAAGGAUUCAUUGUUGUCAAAAUUCUUGAAGAAAUCAUCAUGAGUAAAUAAAAUAAUUUA